AAGGAAAAGGGAGUGGAGAAGCGAGGAAAGAAAAACAUUUUCUUUUUUUCGGCGUGAAAAAAAAUCCAAAGAGAGGACGGGCGGGGGGUGGAGUUUCGAAGAAGAAAAGGCCGCGAAACGGGAAGGGAAGGAAGAAUUAUCCUUUUUCUUUUAAAAAAAAGAGAACGAGUUACCUGAAAGGGGAAAGGGUGGGGUGCCGAACAGACACCGGGCAAUUACCAGCAACGGCGGCGGCAGGGGAAGGGGAGGGGAGUUGAAAACCGUCGCCAUCCUCCCGAACUCUACCUCCAAACCCUCUCCCUCCCUCCCCUCAACAACAAACACACUCAAUGCAUCGUUACAGCCAGUGGGCUGUUCCUGCUCAAAGAAACUCUGCCUUGGACUCAAACCAGCAAAGCAUCAGUGUUCGAGGAAUUGAAGCUGAAGCAAUGAUGUGAUUACGUCAAGGUUACAGAUCUCACAAUGCUUACAUUUAAUACAAACAGGACAAAUGUAGACAUCUUUGAAACUGAUUUGCUGGAACAUUUGAAAUGACAGAAACACUGGAUGAAUGAAAAGACCGCUUUGUGAAACCUAAGCAUGGCAGGAUUACAGCUCAUGACGCCUGCUUCAUCACCAAUGGGUCCCUUUUUUGGACUGCCGUGGCAACAGGAAGCUAUCCAUGAUAACAUUUUUACACCAAGGAAAUAUCAGGUUGAACUUCUAGAAGCAGCUUUGGAACAUAAUACUAUAGUUUGUUUAAAUACUGGCUCAGGGAAGACUUUCAUUGCAGUGCUACUUACAAAGGAGCUAUCUCAUCAGAUCAGGGGACAAUUCAACAAGAAUGGAUCACGGACUGUGCUUUUGGUUAGUUCCGCACCCUCUGUGGCUCAGCUAGCAGCAGCUGUCAAGACCCAUUCAGACCUGAAGGUCGGAGAGUAUUCCAGUUUGGAAAACAUUGAGUCAUGGGCAAGUAAAGAAUGGAACAAAAGCUUUGUUGGACAACAGGUGCUAGUCAUGACUUGCCACAUCUUCUUGCACAUCUUGAAAAGGGGCUACCUUUUCCUCUCCAAAAUCAACCUUCUAGUGUUUGAUGAAUGCCACCUUGCAAUCAGAGAACAUCCCUAUCAGGAGAUUAUGAAGAUGUGUGAGGAGAAUCCUUCAUGCCCUCGGAUCUUGGGACUGACUGCCUCCAUUUUAAAUGGUAAAUGUGACCCUUCUGAGCUAGAGGAGAAAAUUUUGAAGCUGGAAAAGAUUCUCCGGAGCAGUGCAGAGACUGCCACUGACCUGGUAGUGUUGGACAAGUAUUCUUCUCAGCCUCAUGAAGUUGUGCUUGACUGUGGACCAUAUGAGGAUAAAAGUGGACUAUAUGAAAAGCUUUUAAAGGAGUUGGAUGAAGCACUUAAUUUUAUUAAUGAUUUCAAUAACAUAUCUGCACAUUGGGAUGAUAGAGGUCCAACGUCAGUCCCUAAGCAGGUACUGGUAGACUGCCGUGCAGUAUUAACCGUUCUGGGGCCUUGGUGUGCAGAUAAAGUAGCUGGGAUGAUGGUAAGAGAGCUGCAGAAAUAUAUAAAACAUGAGCAGGAGGAGUUGAACAGGAAGUUCCUUUUGUUUACAGACACUCUUCUUAGGAAAAUUCAUGCACUCUGUGAAGAGCACUUCUCACCCGCUGCACUCGAUCUGAAAUACGUGACCCCAAAAGUCAGUAAAUUGCUGGAAAUCCUGCAUGAGUACAAACCUUUUGAGCGACAGCAGUUUGAAAGUGUUGAAUGGUACAACAACCGAAACCAGGACAAUUACGUAUCAUGGAGUGAUUCUGAAGAUGAGGAUGAGGAUGAAGAAAUAGAAGAAAAGGAGAAGACUGACACUAACUUCCCAUCCCCUUUCACCAAUAUAUUAUGUGGGAUUAUUUUUGUUGAGAGGCGUUAUACAGCAGUUGUCUUAAACAGGUUAAUAAAAGAAGCAGGCAAGCAGGAUCCAGAGUUGUCUUAUGUCAGCAGUAAUUUCAUAACUGGUCAUGGCAUUGGAAAGAACCAGCCUCGUAAUAAACAGAUGGAAGUGGAGUUCAGGAAACAAGAGGAGGUGCUCAGAAAAUUCCGUGCGCAUGAGACCAACUUGCUCAUUGCAACCAGUGUUGUUGAAGAAGGAGUUGAUAUUCCAAAAUGCAAUCUGGUGGUUCGAUUUGAUUUGCCAACAGAAUAUCGUUCUUACGUACAAUCGAAAGGAAGAGCACGAGCACCCAUCUCAAACUACAUCAUGCUUUCAGAUUCUGACAAAAUUGAAGAUUUCAAAGAAGACCUCAAAACCUAUAAGGCAAUUGAAAAGAUUCUGCGAAACAAGUGCUCAAAGUCUGUGGAUUCUGCUGAUUUGGAGGUAGAACCUGUCACCGAUGAUGAUGAUGUGCUUCCCCCGUAUGUAUUGAGGCCGGAAGAAGGGAGUCCGCGAGUAACUAUCAACACUGCCAUUGGACAUGUGAACAGAUACUGUGCCAGGUUACCGAGCGACCCAUUCACACACUUGGCCCCAAAAUGUAAAACGCAGGAACUCUCGGAUUGUACUUUUCAGUCAACUCUCUACCUUCCAAUUAAUUCACCUCUUCGUGUCCCAGUAACUGGUCCUCCAAUGCCUUGUACGAGAUUGGCUGAGAAAGCAGCAGCCCUUCUUUGUUGUGAAAGACUGCACAAAAUCGGUGAACUUGAUGAUCACUUAAUGCCAGUUGGGAAAGAAACUGUGAAAUAUGAAGAAGAGCUUGAUUUGCAUGAUGAGGAAGAAACCAGUAUUCCUGGGAGGCCAGGUUCCACAAAACGGAGACAGUGCUACCCUAAAGCAAUUCCUGAAUGUCUGAGGAACAGUUACCCCAAAGCAAAUCAACCUUGUUACUUGUAUGUGAUUGGCAUGGUGUUAACCACUCCGCUUCCUGAUGAGCUCAACUUCAGAAGAAGAAAAUUGUAUCCUCCAGAAGAUACAACCCGAUGUUUUGGAAUUCUGACUGCCAAACCAAUACCUCGGAUUCCUCAUUUUCCGGUAUAUACUCGCUCUGGUGAGGUUACCAUAUCUAUUGAACUACGUAAAUCAGACUUCACAUUGAGUACAAAGCAGCUGGAGCUGAUCACUAGGCUACAUCAGUACAUCUUCUCUCACAUUCUUCGUCUGGAGAAACCUGCACUAGAAUUCAAACCUACAGAAGCUGAUGCAGCCUACUGUGUUCUACCUCUUGAUAAAGUUGAUGGUUCCAGCCACUUGGAUAUCGACUUCACCUUUAUGGAAGAUAUAGAAAGGUCAGAAGCGCGCACGGGCAUUCCCAACACACAAUAUACUAAAGAGAAACCCUUCAUGUUUAAUCUGGAAGACUACCAGGAUGCAGUUAUCAUUCCAAGAUAUCGAAAUUUUGACCAGCCUCAUCGCUUCUAUGUGGCUGAUGUGUACACCGAUCUCACACCUCUCAGUAAAUUUCCUUCCCCUGAGUAUGAAACAUUUGCAGAGUAUUACAAAACCAAGUACAAUCUUGAUUUGACCAACCUGAACCAGCCUUUGCUGGAUGUGGACCACACAUCAUCCAGACUGAACCUUUUAACCCCUCGACAUUUGAAUCAAAAAGGAAAGGCACUUCCUUUAAGUAGUGCCGAGAAACGCAAGGCCAAGUGGGAGAGUCUGCAAAACAAACAGAUUCUUGUCCCAGAACUCUGUGCUAUUCAUCCAAUCCCAGCUUCCUUAUGGAGAAAGGCAGUCUGCCUUCCCAGUAUUCUCUACCGACUGCACUGUUUGUUAACAGCGGAGGAGCUGAGAGCCCAAACAGCAAAGGAAGCCGGCGUGGGAAUUGAAGCUCUCCCUUCAAACUUCAGGUAUCCCAACCUAGAUUUUGGGUGGAAAAAAUCUAUAGACAGCAAAGCUUACAUCUUGACAACCAGCUCCUGUACAGAUGAAAAUGAGACUUACUGUAUGCACAGCACAACUGUAGCCCCUGAAGAUGCUGCACAUCAAGGUGCUAUCAAUGAGGCCCCCUUCAUGGAGAACCUUCUUCAGCCGUCUCUGAACAGCAAAACAUCUACCAAGAGUCUGUCACCCAAAAAGUUCUUCAGUGCUGACAAAGUCACCAAGAGCACAAUACCAGUAAAUGGCAUAGUUUGUACCGAAAAUCUAACCAAUGGAAAUGCUGAACUGCUAAACAAGGGUUGCAUUUGCCAUCAAAAUCAACUUAACUCCUACAGGCAUGACUUACUCAUACAACCAGCUACCUCAGUUCCCGUGCGUAGUACACACCACAGAGAGAACCAGCCCAAGCCCCAAGUUGAAUGUAAUCUACAAAGUAAUAACCUAGACGGAAUUACUAACAAAUCUACCUCAGAUUAUUGCUCAAAAGAGGCAGUUUCCUGCAAUUCCUCAGAGCCUCUGGCAAUUCCGCAAUGGAUUUUGGAUUCGGGCAGUUGCCCUCCUGGCAUAUAUACAACCGAAACCCUCGGCCCCAACCCCGGUCUGAUUCUCCAGGCUUUGACGUUGUCAAAUGCUAGCGACGGGUUCAAUUUGGAGCGCCUGGAGAUGCUUGGUGAUUCAUUCCUAAAACAUGCUAUCACAACAUAUCUGUUUUGUACGUACCCUGAUGCCCACGAAGGGCGGCUAUCUUACAUGAGGAGUAAGAAGGUCAGCAACUGUAAUCUCUAUCGUCUUGGAAAGAAGAAAGGACUUCCCAGUCGGAUGGUUGUCUCAAUAUUUGACCCACCAGUGAAUUGGCUUCCUCCUGGCUACGUGGUAAAUCAAGACAGAUGCAUUAUGGACAAGAGUGAAGUGAAGGACAUGACAGAAACCGAUCAAGUGGCUAAUGGUGAUUCUUAUUUGGAUGAUGACGAUGAGGAGGAGGAGGAAGAGGAGGACGAUGACCCUGAUUUCCGUGAAGAUUUGAUGUGGAGGGCACAGAAGGAGGAAGCAGAAUAUGAUGAUGACUUCUCCGAGUAUGAUCAGGAGCACAUUAAAUUCAUCGACAAUAUGCUUAUGGGCUCUGGGGCUUUUGGAAAAAAGAUCUCUCUUCCUGCUUUCCCUCCCAAUGAUGCAAGCUACGAGUGGAAACCUCCCAAAAAAUCUGCAUCAGGAAAUGGUCAUUCCUCCUCCGAUUGUGAUGAAUUUGACUACAGCUCCUGGGACGCUAUGUGCUACCUUGACCCUAGUAAGGCUACAGAUGAAGAUGAUUUUGUUGUGGGAUUCUGGAACCCAUCUGAAGAGAAUGGCGGUGUUGAUACUGGCAAGCAGUCCAUCUCUUAUGACUUGCACACUGAGCAGUGCAUAGCAGAUAAGAGCAUUGCUGAUUGCGUAGAGGCUUUGUUGGGCUGCUACUUAACUAGCUGUGGUGAAAGAGCUGCCCAGCUAUUUCUCUGCUCGUUGGGUUUGAAAGUCCUCCCAGCUGAAGAAAAGCUUGUCAACAAAAAGAUUCUACCUGAGGAACAGAGCGCCUUUGAUCUAAACUCUCAGACAGGCACUGAAACUCCUCUUCUUUCAUCCACUUUGAAAUCCCCUUCUUGCAAAGACCUAGAAUAUGGACAUCUUCAGAUUCCUCCUAGAUGUAUGUUCGAUCACCCAGAUGCUGAUAGGACCCUGGGCCAUUUAAUAUCAGGCUAUGAAAACUUUGAGAAGAAAAUAAACUAUAGGUUCAAGAACAAGGCGUAUCUUUUACAGGCAUUUACCCAUGCCUCCUACCACUACAAUACAAUCACAGAUUGUUACCAGCGGUUGGAAUUCCUUGGAGAUGCAAUUUUGGACUACCUCAUAACCAAGCACCUUUACGAAGAUCCCCGGCAGCAUUCUCCUGGAGUGUUGACUGACCUGCGCUCUGCUCUUGUGAACAACACCAUCUUUGCUUCUUUAGCUGUGAAGUAUGACUAUCACAAAUACUUCAAAGCCAUCUCACCUGAGUUGUUCCAUGUUAUAGAUGACUUUGUUCAGUUCCAGUUAGAAAAGAAUGAGAUGCAAGGAAUGGACUCUGAGCUAAGAAGAUCUGAAGAAGAUGAAGAAAAGGAGGAAGAUAUUGAGGUUCCAAAGGCCAUGGGAGAUAUCUUUGAAUCUCUUGCCGGUGCCAUCUACAUGGAUAGCAGGAUGUCCUUGGAAACAGUUUGGCAAGUCUAUUACCCCAUGAUGAGACCCUUGAUAGAGAAAUUUUCAGCAAAUGUACCCCGUUCCCCUGUUCGUGAGUUGUUGGAGAUGGAGCCAGAGACUGCCAAGUUCAGUCCUGCAGAAAGAACUUACGACGGAAAAGUCCGUGUCACCGUGGAGGUGGUUGGCAAAGGCAAGUUCAAAGGUGUUGGCCGCAGUUACAGGAUCGCCAAGUCUGCAGCUGCCCGGAGAGCACUCCGGAGCCUGAAGGCAAAUCAGCCUCCACUGCAGAAUAGCUGAGACCCUUUCUCCCAACCUCCAGGCCAACCCAGCCCCUUCAUCAGCUCACCUGAGGUUACACCACACGAGUCUGGGUCAAAAGAGUCAUUCUAUGAAGGUGUAAAGUGUUUGUACUACAGUAGUAUAAUUUAGGAAUAAUCGUAGUUUAUAGUAAGUUCUUGCGCGAACACAAUCCUGCCCCCCCCUCCUCCUUUUGCUAGAUUAAUCACAAGAGUGCUUUAUAUUCAUUUUGCAACCAUUUAACAGUUGUCAGGUCCCCCUAUGUUUACUUAAUUUUUUUAUUAAUAGAAGCUUUUGCUUGUUGUUUAGUGAGCCAGGAAGCUUAUGCUGGAAAGUGAUUAGUUAUUAGAUUGCACAUUUUUACUAAUCUUGAAAUUCUCGACCUGUGCACUAGUGCCAGUCCAGCCACAGUGUGUAAAACUGUUGUGUAUGAGCUGGUAAGAGAGAGCGAGUGAGUGUGCCAGUAUUGUCCUGUUUCCUUGUCAUCCUUUCACAUUUUGAGAUGGCAUUUCCAAUCCUUGUUUUGCACUUAAUUUAAAUAGGAACAGGUUCCACUUAAAGCGACUGGCAUUUUCAGUAGCAUUUGUUCAACAUAAUGCCACAUAUUGAGUCUCUUGCAUUUAAUCAAAAGGGUUUUGCCUUAAUUGAACGUAACCCCACUUGUUUUUUUCCUAAACCUUUUGAUACAUUUCUAUAGCUGAUUUUACAUUCCCAUUUAAUACACAUAUUGUAUGAUAAUUAACCACAGCCCUUGACUGACCUCUUUUGGAGCUGUGGCUGUGUAACUUAUUGCAGAGCUAGAGGUAGCUGCACAUAUAUUUUAAUACAGAUUAAAUGGUUCCAGAUACUUAGAGUCAAGGUGUUGAAAAUUUUCUUUGAUGCAAGAAGCAGCUAAAUUUACACUAUGUGGUCUUUGGGGAAAGUGUGCAUUGUGCUGACAAUGUGAGUGCGGUGCUUCCAAACGCAAGCAACGUGAAGUAGAUGGUGCAGUACAGAAACUGUCACAUUCAUGACACAGCAACUUUAGACAUAUCAUUCAAAAUAUAUGCUGCAGAAUUUUGUAAGAACCGUUGAAAGGGUUUUUUAAUUAAUAUGAGCACCUUUCCAUUUCUAAGGGGGUGGGGAUUAAUGUACACAUACAUGCAUAUAUACAGCAUACAAGACACAUGGUACAUGCAUAUACAAUGCACGCAGACAAAAAAAGACAGAUGAGUACAACACAUGCAUAUGACUAUCCUCAACAUCUGUCUAUAGCACCUAACAGUUGACUUUUACACCAAAGCUGUGUUUGUGAAGAAGCGCAUUCAUGUUCCAUUAGUUUCAUUUGUUUUUCUCUUCAAAAGCGGCACAAGCAAGAAAAAUGAAAUCCUGUGACAAAAGACGAUCAUGUUUAAUCAGUCUUCAGCGUUCAAGCUUUUAAAAAAAGGAUGCAUCCUACUUGGCUCGGCUCAAAAUUGUAGUUACAUUUUCAGUAGUUACCAGUUAGGCGUUCUUCCCUUUAAAUACCUCAGUUCUUAAUUGCAUGCGUUUUUGAUUUCUCGUUUAUUUUGGUGCUAUGUUUUUAUUAUGCUUGAAAUGUUUAAAAAAUAAUUGUUUUUGCACUGUAACUAUAAUACCUCUUUUAAUUUACUUUUUUUAAAAAAUUGUUUGAGAAUUUCAUCCCAGUACACUCUAAAUAAUUCUUUCAAGUUAUCUGCAGUCGUCACCACCCAACCACCAUGAUAUGCUUCAGAUUUCAAGAGCUAGCCAUUUUUUUUUGUUGGUCUCUUGAGUUGGAGAUAGAAAUUUGAAAUACGUAUGUUGAGGUGUUCCUUUUUUUUUGCAUCCCAUUCUGUCCCUUUUCCUUUCACUUUAUUUGAAAAGGUAAAGUCAUUUAUCCUGUCCACUUAGCAGUUUUAAUAAGUGGGUACUUUUUAAAGUAGAAGCUGAAAAAUGUGUAAGUGAUUUUAAUACUUCUGUCAUAUGUGUAUUGUCUUACUGAUUGGCAUAAACUCAUUUUAAUUCAUAACAUGAUACAGAAGAUGGAUUUGUAUCUGUUUUUAUGCUCUGUUAUUACCCUAAUUUUGUUAGAAAGAUCUUUCAUUCUGUGGGCGUAGACCUAGGCGAGCACUCAUCUAUGUAUACAUCUAUUUUUAAUUUACUUGGCAAAAACUGCUAUGUCAAACAGUGUGCCACAAGUUUGGGAGUAUUUCCAGUAUUAACAGUGCAUCACACUUUAUUGAAAUCCACAGAAGUGUGAGGUUAUUUAUGGCAUGUGCAUUCAUUGUGAAACCAUUUUUUCUCAUUGUAACUGAACAAUCUACAUUUACUUUAAAGUCCUAAUCAAUGCUGCAGUUUAAUUCCUCCUUGUCUUUGUCGAGGCACAAAACAGUUUUUUUUUGUCCCCUUCGCCGUUGUAUACAUGUAGCACGAUUUAAGCAUUGCACUUGGCACCAUGCUUUACCUCAUUUCAAACGAGAAAUGUAUAUGCUAAUAUGCUUAACAGAAACAAUGAUUUUUUUAUUUUCGGUUUGGGCCUUGCUGCUGUUAUAACUGCUAAGGUUUUUUAUGUAAAAGAUAAUUAACUUGCUAUCUAUUGUGUGCCUGCAGUCCCUCACUCACUGUACAAUACAUGACUUUAAUGCACUCGAACUUCAUAGCAUCAGCGGGUCAGCAGCAGUGGCAGAAACUUAUUGUUUUGUUGGUAUUUUGUAGCAGAAUGAUAACUGUGAUUUAUUAAAGGAAGAAGAGAAAGAAUGCGUGUUUGCGAGGCGUUUGAGUAUUUGCAGGCGUUUGCUGUACUGUAAAUAGUGUGAUUUUAAAGCACCUGUAGCAGAAUGGGAGUGGAUACGAAAUGUAUUGAAACUAAAUUAAGUGCAUCAUCAUAUGCUGCAGCAGUCUUUAAGGGACAUGGAAUAUAUCUCAUUCAUACUGUAAACUCGCUGCAGAGAUUUGCAUUCUGCACCUUAUGGAUCACAAUUUUACCUUUUAAUAGUUUCUUUUUGUAAUUGUAGCUGAAUAUCUACAAUAAAGUAUG